CUCGCCGCUUGGAGCGCUAGUGUCGCUCCAGCUGUGAAACGGUAACAAGUAACAACUUUUAACAGCAGUGCCGUUUAAUGGGAGACUGUGUCACAUUACAAAUGUAAACCGUGGAGAUAAAUAAGCAAAGGGGCUAAUAACUGCAGUAAUGGACCACCAGAAAACUAUUCGGAUAAAAGAUGAAACAAAUGAAACAGCAGGUUCACCAGGCUCCAUUGUCCAGGUAUACCACUCCAGUGUGAAAAUAAAGGAAGAAUGGCAGGAGACUGGGAAUCAAGAGUUACUUCAAGAUCCAUUAAAAAUUGAAGAUCCAUGUUAUGACAUAAAGGAAGAGCCAGGACUAAAACUGAAUGAGAGACUCUCUGAGCAUAAUAUAUUCAGCGAUCCCAAAUAUGAUCCUCUGGGAGUAAAGACAGAGGAGGGCUCAGCAUUUGAGAAUGAUUGUCUUGAUGAGUACGAUCCAUUGAGCAUAACAGAUGAUGCGUGUCUUGAAGAUAACUUGGGAAUCUCUCAUCCAAAUGAUUUUAUCAAGGAGGAUCCUGAACUAAAUUUGGAGGUGGCAGCCUCAAUAAGAAAUGCAUCUGAUAGUUUAAGGUUCAUUCAAAGUGCUGGUGACAGCUGUGACAUUUCAUAUCAAGAAACAUUACAUCAAGGAGUAGUCAAUGACAAGCUGGAGAUAUAUGCAGAGAAGUCAACAGAUUUCAGUGUGUCUCACAACUAUACCAAAAUACAGACUUCACAAGAAGACGGCUUAUGUGGCACAAGAUUAAGUUGUAGCACCAGGGGAAAGGAAUUCCAUAAGUUUAACUGUAGUUUCUGCCUACAGAGCUUCCCUUCAAAAUAGAGACUCAUAAUGCAUAUCUUCAUCCACAUUGACGGUGUGCAGGCACCUGCAUUUGUGUGUAAGUCAUGUGGUGAGGUAUUGCCCUCUGAUGACUGCUUGAAAGAACAUUUGAGAAUGAUGGAGGGUGACCAAGCAUUAUCUGCUACCAACAGUGAGAAACUUGAAUGCAGUGAUGAUCAUGAAAACAAUAUCUCCUUCGACUGUGUACAAGAAGGAAUUGUGGAACAGACUGCAGGGCCCCCUUCAUACAAGGUACCCAGGAAAACCUUCAAAAAAUCCUUUAAUGACAUAUGUAACACACAUACUGUGAAACAAGCUGAAGAGAAACUCGAAAGAUGUAAUGACUGUGGAAUUUCAUGUACAAGCGACCAUGCUCAUGUCCACACUGUGCUAAGCGCAAAGGGACAUCACAAAUGUGAUGUUUGUGGUAAAAUGUUUACUGUGUUAGGCAAUCUUAAGAAACA